AUGGUGUUGGGUCACUUCUUGGUGGCCUCCUUGGCUUUGAACGCUGGUCUUUUAUACAGAGACUAUUGCAAUGUGAAACAAGAGUCGCAUGACGCUUUCAGCUUCAAUGGCAGCUACAAAAACGCGUCUUUGAUUGCAAAAAGGACGUUUCUUGAAACGAGUGAAGCGCCUUCGUCUUCGAAUGCGAUUCUCAGUGAAGCUAUUGAUCUUGAUCAUGGGGAUCCAACGAUGUACGAGCGGUAUUGGCAGCAAAUGGGAGAUCAAACGACGGUCGAGAUUCCUGGCUGGAAAUUCAUUAGUUACUUCUCGGAUAAGACUAAACUCUGCUGGUUUUUGGAGUCGGAGCUCGAAAAUGCGAUUAUCCGUCUUCAUAAAUUGGUGGGAAAUGCAGUUACGGAAGAUCGGUACAUGGUGGUGGGGACGGGCUCUUCGCAGCUUUUUCAAGCCGUGCUUUAUGGGCUUGCUCAGCCCAAUUCAUCGGAGCCCAUUAGUGUAGUGUCUGCUGCACCAUUCUAUUCUUCAUAUCCAUUGGUAACCGAUUUUCUCAAGUCCGGGCUUUACAAAUGGGCCGGUGAUGCUCGGAAAUUCAAGAAAAACGAGCCAUACAUUGAGCUAGUGACAUCACCAAAUAAUCCCGAUGGGUCGUCAAGGGAUUCUGUGGUAAAUCGAAAUCGAGGGAUAUUAGUUCACGACUUGGCUUACUACUGGCCACAGUAUACCUCAAUCUCAUCUUCACCAGCAGAUUACGAUAUAAUGCUAUUCACUGUUUCAAAAAGCACGGGCCAUGCGGGUACUCGUCUGGGUUGGGCCCUCGUGAAGGAUCAAGAAAUCGCCAAGAAAAUGACAGAGUUUAUCAUGCUCAGCACUAUUGGUGUGUCCAAAGAGUCGCAGCUUCGCGCGGCAAAGAUUUUGCAGUUUGUGACCGAAACCCACGAGCAAAAACACCAUUUCAAGGAAAAUGCAGCCUUCUUUGACACCAGCUAUAAUGUGAUGGCUAAGAGGUGGAAACAGCUUAGGAAUGCAGUUAAAAACAGCAAGCUCUUUAGCUUGCCUGAUUUUCCUCAACGCAAUUGUGCCUUUAGCGGCCGAACCUUUUCGUCGCAGCCAGCUUUUGCUUGGCUCAAGUGUGAAGGCGAAAUCGAGGAUUGUGAAGGAUAUCUUCGUGAUCAUAAGAUAAUUACAAGAAGCGGGAAGCAUUUUGGCGAUAGCGCGAAAUACGAUUGCCGACAUAUACCACGAGCCCGAACUUCGGGCCUCGCAUUUGUCAUCUUCAACUUUGGAGAGAUCUUAGCCCUCGAAAAUUAUUCCCAUCACAUCAGUCGUCAUCUUCCUCCCUGCAGAGCCACGCUAGGCCAUCGCCGUGCAAGAUCGAGAGUUCUCGUUGUACGUCACAGCCCUACGUCGACCUCUUUUCCUUCAGCGACGAUUGUCACGUGUAGCCAAGCAGCACACGUAUCAUUGCUGAGCAGUAAUGGUCAAUCACCAUACGCACGACGUCCGCCAUUCGUCCGCCCUUCAGCCCUCCGUCGUGCACAUCCUACAGACACCGACGACGCCAGACUCCGACUAACAAGUUUUGUUUUUCUUUUAAGGGAUUUUGCGAAGUCGGGAACUCGACUUAAUUUGUGGGGUGUCGGCCACGUUUGA